CACUUGAUGCAGACUAUAACGGUUUUCAUACCCUUUGUUGGUUUUUUGAUAUUGUUGUUCCAAAUUAUUUAUUACCGUUAAGUUAAUAAUGCGUGCAGUAUGUGUGAUAGAUUCUCCUUUCUUCAUAAGAUUACAACAAUAUUUUAUUUUUUGUAUAAAUACGUGUUUUUUUUUGUGUUGAAAUGGGUAAUAUCAGCGAGUAAUCGCAAUUAGCUACGAAUCACGCCGGUAUUACGUGUUUCAUACAGAAAUAGAUAUUUGGAAUUUGAAUUACACAAAAUGACAGCUAACAGUGUUGAAUUGAGCAGGUCUGGUGGAAGUGUAGUUACAGGUACAACAACUGAAGGUUGUGAUUCUGCCGCAAAUCACGAAGUGGCCGUCAAAGCUUCCAGUUUUGGUUUGUUUAACGUCUUAGUAAUCGCUAUAAUGUUACCAGCUUCACUAAGCUCCGUGUUCAGUACAACAUCAAUGUCAUACGUAUUUCCAAUAGCACAAUGCGAUUUGAACUUGACUGUGGAUGAUAAAGGUCUUCUCAAUUCAGUCACAUAUUUUGGAAUGUUAGUGAGUGGUUUCUUGUGGGGUGUCCUAACGGAUCUAUUCGGACGCCGAAAAUUGCUUGUAUUCUUGUUUUUCUUCGAAGGCAUUAUGGUUAUACUAACAGGGUUUUCGCAGUAUUUUGCAUACCUUGUCGCAGCAAAGUUUGUUGAAGGAAUCGUAAUCACUGGUGGAGUUUCAACUGUAUUAACUUACACUAACGAAUUCCAUUCAGCGUACCAUAGGACAUUUAUACCAGUAAUAAACGGCAUAUACAGUAAUUUAGCAUCCAUUGUACUGCCGUUAGUAGGAUGGAGCUUGUUUACAGACUCAAUGAAUCUAUCGUUAUUUAAUGAUGGGAUGCUUUUAAGGUCCUGGAAUAUAUUUUUGUUUGUUACUGCCAUACCGAGCUUCGUAGCUUUCGUCUUCUACAUGAUCUUACCAGAAAGUCCAAAGUUUUUAAUGACAGUGGGAAAGCGCGAGGAAGCUUUAGAAGUCUUUCGCACAAUGUUUCGGAUCAAUACAAGGCGUUCACGUGAUGAAUAUCCAAUUACAACAUUAGUUGAUGAAUCCAAGCUGUUUGAGGACAAAUUGCAUGGAGGACACGUUACCUCGAACCGUAGUAAUAUGCAAGCGCUAAAGGAAGGCUGUCAGCAAAUACAGCCAUUAUUUUAUCCGCCUUUUUUAAUUAACAUUUUUAUUGUAUUAACAAUUAAUUUUGGAUUGUUAAUGGGUCUGAACACGAUUCGUUUAUGGACACCGCAAUUAUUUAUUGCUCUUAAUAAUUAUGAAUCCUUGCACAAGGAGAAUGGUUUUGAUUUAUGCGGUGCCUUGUCACAAAUUGGCAACGAUGGUCAGGCUAGUAACGAGACAUGUUUCGUGAACUACAAUAAUGGCCAAGUCUACUUGCACAACAUCGUAGUUUCCGUCGCCGCUAUCGUUAUAAUCGUGUGCAGCUUACCGCUCAUGGGAAAAUUUAAGAAAAAAAAUAUUCUGUGUGGGACCGGAAUAUGUUCUGGGUUAUGUGGCGUAUUUAUUUAUUUUUCAACCAACAUCGUAAUGGCUAUUGCCUUAAUUUCCGUCAAUGUUGGAUGCACAUACAUCGCCUUAAAUGUUUUGCUAAGUAUCGUCAUUGACUUAUUUCCAACCAGUUUAAGGACCAUAGCAGUUUCGUUAGCAAUGGUGUUCGGCAGGUUGGGCUCUUCAAUAGGUAAUGUGAUAUUUCCGCCACUUCUCACAAGCGGCUGCUUUUUUCCAUUUUUAACUGUGGGAGGAAUGGCUGCUGGUAAGUACCUUCAAAGUUUCACGCAAAACUUUAAGAUACACUUAGUCAUAGGAUCUAAUACAGCGUGUUGCAUCGACAGGCGGGACAUAGGAAAUCCCAUGUAAAUUUAAAGGUGGAGGUUAAUUAUUGGCUUCCCUAAUUAUUUUAGAGGAAGAAAUCUAUUUAGGUUAUUUGAAGAGCAUUAAAAUCUUCAUCUAAAUAAUAACUUUCGAUGUUUUUCAUUAACCCCCAAACGAGAUAUUGCCUUCUUCAAAUUUACAUGAGAUUUCCUAUGUUACGCCUGUCGAUGCAACACACUGUUUCCAUUUAUUUCACAUCCCCUUCUCUAUCUAAAUACCGAAGCCGGUGGCGCAGUGAUUCCGUUGAACGACUGCUAUUCGGGAGGUUGUGGGUUCGAAUCCCGCUGCCGACUGCUCUAUCUGGAGUUUUGUCAGAGGGUUUUCCUCAGACGUAUGGAGUUUCGCAUAAUGCUAACAGUAUGUUGAAAUCUAGGUACAAAUAAGCGAAUCCCCUCGGCAUCCCAACUUCGUUUCUCCGUCCUUUGCAGCCGGUUGGCUUUUAGAUAACCACAUAAACAAAUGCCUCUCACAAUUUUGUAUAGAUACCUAUCAAGUUUUGUUCUGCAAAAUUAUUUUAAGUUUAAGAUUUCGAAGUAACUAUUUUGGAAUCUAAAGAUUAAUGCUUUGAAAAACACAACCUCUAUGUUGGAUUUUAUGUCUACUGGAAAGAGCGACUGUGAGUUCAUUUUCUAGUUGGAGCUUAUGGCGAUACGUAGAUCUCAAGAAAGCUAUAGCAGAAAAGCUAAACAAUAAUUUGUG